CAUCUGCAGCAGGUACAACAUCUGUAACAGGGACAACAUCUGCAGCAGAAACAUCAUCCACAGCAGGAACAGCACCUACAGCAGGGACAACGUUUGUAGCAGGAACAACAUCCAGACCAGAAUCGCCACCAUUGGAUGAUGACUGCAUACCGAAAGAUGGAAUGUUGGAAGAAGAACUUAUUCCGACGACAGACAUUGCUAUUUCCCCAGAAAGUGACAGUGGCAUUGAUGAUCUCAGAGACAUUCCUGGGAGUCCAAAAUUCAAGGGGAAAAUGGGCGAGGAUAGCGUAAACAUUACUAUUAGCCUAAAAUCCCCAGUUGAACUGAAAUGGAUAGAAUGGGUUAAUCCUUCUUUAGUCCUGUCAUCAGUCAAGAUAUUUGUUGUGAGAAAUACCAUCCCCACACUGCUCGUAGAAGUCAAUAAGAAUGAUGCUAAUACAAAAGUGAACUUCCCGGAAAACACUGAAGCAGAGGAGAUCAUAGUGACUCUAACUUCAUCCGACAUUGGCCCCAACGACCACAUUGAAGGAAAACUUAACAUUUUUGGAUGUUGGCAGUCUAUAGGGACGCAAGGCUCUACAUUCACAACAGCAACAAACCAACAGAGUACAACUGCAUCAUUAGCUACAACAGUACCGUCACAAACAACCACAAUCUUAACAAGAGAAUCGUCAUCUGGAAUAUCUGUCGCCACAACACCAAGAACUGUCGUCACAACCGUGACACCAUGUACAUAUGUUGUCACAAUGAGCGAUGCGAAUGUGGUUGACUUGACAAAAAGUGAAAUAAUGAAUGAAAGUGGAGAAUUCACAGAAAUACCAGAUCUAGGUGCUUUGACAGAUGAUAAUCCUAAUACGAAACUUGUGGGACUGUUUAGUCCAUCGACAGAUCCACAAACUUUAAAGAUGUCUACAGUGCUUAAAACUAACAACCAAGAUGUUGAAAUAAGCAGUGUGCAACUAACAGGACUG